CUCCCUUUGGGACAGAGCUGGGUGCUGUGGCCGAGCGUGCUUGCCGUGGGGCAACCUGGGGGCAGCCAGAUGGCCCCUCUCCUCCUUCCAGCCCAGGGUGGGCAGAGCUGCCCGGCCCCCCCUCACCUCCCCUUGGCUUCCCCCGACAGCCCAGCCCAGAAACUCGUCUUCAACAGAGUGAACGGCAAGAGGCCGCAGGUGCUGCCGCAGCAGGUCUCGGCCACCGAGGAGUGCUACACGCUGGCCCACGAGGAGAACGUCCGCUUCGUCUAUGAAGCCUGGCAGCAGGUAGAGCAGCAGCUGGACGGCAGCCGGAGCGGGGAGAGCGCCUGCGGCCCCGUGCAGUACGUAGAGAAAACCCCCAACCCCGGACUGAAAAACUUUGUUCCCAUCGACCUGGAGGAGUGGUGGGCACAGCAAUUUCUGGCCAAAAUCCAAAACUGCUCAUAAAAGGGAAGAAGGGGUUUGGGGUUUUUCUGAAGAGAAACAAAGCUGAGAGCGUCUGGUCAGAACCCGGAACCGGUGGUGUUUUAGAACCACAUAUUUUUAUAAAAGCUGACCGAAACCAAGUGACCCACGUUGCCAGCCCUGUGGGACCGGACCACAGCCAUGCCCGGCCGCCUGCCCCCUCCCUGCACCCGGCGUGGAGGAGCAGCCUGUGGCCCCGGCCAGGAUUCCUUAAGUGCCAGUUCUCGGACUGCUGCAGCUCCUGCAGCCACCAGCUCCCAGGGACACUGCGGUGCCGUGCUGGGGACGAGGGAGAGCACCCACCCCCGCGUCCGUAGCCACGGGGAGGACAGCGGGGUGCUGUAGCAGGACCGCCAGGCAAUAAAUCGCUGAAACUGCCAGUGGA